CGUCACUGACUCCAUCUGGCAAGGCGGAUCCAACUCCCCGAUCUCCGCCGCCGACAUGCUCUUCGUCGUGCUCCCUUCUGGAGGCGGUGACGCUGAGUAUCUACAGCGCAUCCUCUGCAUGCUCACCAGCUACGGCGUCUUCCACGGGCAUUUCGACCCCGAUAAUGACACCUCAUCAUAGAGGUGUUCGUUGACCACAGUGGGCACAACGUUGGUGAUGAACAAAUACGGCUUAUCAUACGACGCCUACGUGCUGCAGCACCACCCGGAGGAGCUCAUGAGAGCAUGCCCUCUGGUCUGCGAGGCGGAGGCCGAUUCCAUGUGUACUCCGUUCACCAAAGCCAACUGCGGCAUCACGGCACACGCCCACUACGGCCGGAACCCGGAGAUGAAAGCCAUGAUGCAGAGGGCCAUGUUCGGAGUCUCCGUCCCUUUCAUGAAGUCCUUCUUGGAAGGAUACGAUGGGUUCCGAGGCGUGAAGCGGUUGGUCGACGUCGGCGGGAGCGCCGGAGAUUGCCUGAGGAUGAUCAUAGAGAGGCAUCCCACCAUCCAACAUGUUGUCAACUUCGAUUUGGAGGAGGUUGUUCAGAAGGCUCCCCACAUUCCUAAAAAAAGAGAAAGAUCCAAGGAAAACCGCCAGAGGACACGAAUGGUGCCGCCUCUGAUGUCUAGCGUGGUUUCCGUCCUCGAUCUUUCAAAGCCAAUUAUCGCCGCCAACGAAGUUAAUCACCGACGCCCCUACAAAGAUCUGUUGUCAUCCCCGCCACUUCUGACACUUGUGCACCUCCAUCAUCAGAUGGCCAUUUUUUUAUCCCACCACGCCCGAAAAAAUAAAUCCCUGAUUGUAACUGUCGCGGCUAAAAUCCGUACCCUUGGCUAAGAGUUGCCAGGCGGAGGAGAUGAUAACCCGUAUGGGAUUUGUGUUUGGAGUUUUCUCAAACAGGGGAAUCAGCUAUUAAAGUUGGGCAGCACAUGAAAAAAGUAGUGAUUUUCAAUAAUGGAAUACAUUUGGCAAAUUUAAAAAUUGCAAUGGAAUGCGCAUAUGCGGUGCUCAACUAUUCCCAAGAUAAAUUGAAUGAUUGGGG